UAUAAAAACUGCUCCGUCUCGAUAGAGUCCCCUCGCUCCCUCUCCGGGUCUCCCUUUCUGCAAACCCUAGAGCUUUGCAUCUUCGGGAGGAACAUUUGUCUCUUACAAACCCUAAUUCGCUUUUCGGCCUCGCUUGUUCGGACUCCUUGCUCGAUAAUGGCAGAUUCUCCUCGCAAGAAGUAUUCAAGAUCCCCGUCACCUUGGAGAGAGCAGUCAAGGUCUAGGUCCAGGUCUAGGUCCCCGUCCUGGUCCAAGCACCGGCCGAGGUCACAGUCCAGAAGCCGUGGAAGAUCAAGAUCCAGAAGUCAUGGCAGGGAUGAUAAUAAUCCUGGGAAUGCACUUUAUGUGACCGGUUUAUCCACUAGGGUCACUGAAAGGGAACUAGAAGACCACUUUUCGAAAGAGGGGAAGGUCGCUUCUUGCUUCCUCGUGGUGGAGCCUCGCACACGCAUCUCUCGCGGUUUUGCAUUUGUGACCAUGGACACUGUUGAGGAUGCUAAUCGUUGCGUCAAGUAUCUGAAUCAGUCUGUCUUAGAAGGGAGGUACAUCACUGUUGAGAAGUCACGGAGGAAGCGACCACGGACUCCAACUCCUGGGCAAUAUCUUGGAUUGAAGAGCACUCGGGACCACGGCUAUCGUGGUGAUCGUGGUGACCGUGGUGGUAGGUAUCGUGGCCGGGAGGAUUAUGGCUACCGUAGAUCCCCAAGGCGCUCACCAUAUCGAGGUGGUCGUGAUUAUUCUCCCAGGCGCUCACCUUACAGUGGAAGGUCAAGGAGGGACAGAUCAAGGUCACCUAUCUAUUCUCCUCGUGGUUCUAGGUGAUUGUUCUUCUUAGGAAAAUGUAUGACCAAUUGCCAAGGGAUAUCGUGGUUGGACUAGGUGUGACUUGUUACCGGGCUGUCUUCUAGAGGUUUACGAAACAGUUGCUCUUCAUAUCUCUUUGUUAUGGUCAUGCGUCAUACUUUAGAACUUGUUGAUUGAUGAUCUGUAGUAUGAAGUUGCAUUUUGCUUUAUGAAGUGUGUGGCACGAUGUCUAGAACUUGUUGGUUGAUGAUCUGUAAUAUGAAGUUGAAUUUUGCUUUA